UAUGGUCUUAAAUAAAUAAAAAAACCUACUUCAGUGGUACACUAGGCCAGAAUUUAUCUGGAUGGAUUGCUUGUAAGAAUUUUGACAAAAUUUAAUUGUCUGUAUGUACCUGCCUGUCCCAAAUUUCAGUAAAAAAUAUGCUCAUGUAUAAAAUGUGCCUUGCAGAUGGUAAGGAUGAGCAUAAGAAGGGCUUGUUACAAAUGAAGAUGGCUGAAGGAGCUAAACUUCAGAUGUGUUACUUGCUUCAUCACCUUUGUGAUAUUCAGCUUCGGCACAGAGUGGAAUCCACCAUCGCCUUCAGUCACGAUUUUAUUAGUGAUCUUCAGACUGAUCAACUGAGAAGAAACGUUGAAAUCAAGCAGUCUGACAUGCCAUCAGCUGUUGCAGCUAAGAAGACCAGAGAAUUCAGAUGCCCACCUCGAGAGCAAAUGAAUGCAAUUCUUGGCUUUAAGAACUUGGAGGGAGAAGAGAGGGAGAAUUGCCCCUGUGGAGAAGAGCAAGGCCGAGCGUCUGGCUAAGUUCCACGACAGGCUUAUGUCCUACGUUUCACUAAGUGCUCUGCAGGAGCCUGAAGAAACUGAGGAACUCGCAGCAGAUGUGGCGAAGUCUCGCCCAUUCAAGCGUUUAUUUAAUUUUAUCAAUUCUGUGAAAGAACGGGAAAUAGAACCCAAAGAAGUAGAAGAACCUUUAAAGAAAUCACCAGAAGAGGUUUUCAGAAAAAUAUUAAUUAGUACAAUUGUAAGGUGGGCUGAAGAGUCUCAGAUUGAAACAUCUAAGCUUGUACGAGAAAUGUUCAGGUAAGUUGACAAUGAUUGUUUCUUCAGACACUUUUCCUGUUGCCGGUUGCCUCCGUGACACAAACCCUCUUCCUCGCGUCCCUCUUGUUCAGGAAUAUUUCAUUUUCAUUUCAUUUGUUUUCUCUGUUUUAUUGUCUUUCUUUAUUCCAAGAAUUGUUGGCUUAUAAUGCAAUUAUGCUUAGUAACUUGAUUCUUCUGUGAAAAUUUUUUAACCUGCUAGUAUAACUAGGCAGUUUAUGCUCUUGGUUCUCCGAAUGUGUUCCAUUGGAAAGUGUAUAAAUUGAAGUCAAAAAAUUCUAUAAAUAUUUUUAUUCCUUAGACCAGUCCUUUGGUUCCGUGAAUCAAGUUAUUGUCACGCGAAAUAAUGAGACUUAUAAUACUCUAGGUGAAUAUUCUACUUACUGACGCUGUCUUAAUAGUCCAUGGUUGAUAACACUUAGUGUCAAUUCAUAAUUCAUAAACUGAGUGGAUGUCCAAGCAAACUUCAAAAAAUGAUUUUAACCUAUUCACGGUAUUGCAGUAUAGCAAUGACAUUGGCAUAAUGGCAUCUGAAUUGUACAUAAGCUGAGACAUACAGACAGUAGAGAUUAAUGUUGACGACAAUGACUAAAGGUUUCUGAUCCCCCCCCCCC